GGUUUGGCAGGAUAAAAUUGUAAAAUGGAAUGAAAAUCAACUCUACUGUUACCAAUCUUUACCCGGAUCUGGGAGUGUUCCACAAACCCGAGGUUGCCGUCUCUCUAUGAAAUACAGUAGUAAUACGCAUCUAUAUAUACAGGUGUCACUGGGAGGACGCCGCGCCGGAAAGGAGAUCGGAUUAUCGUCUUGUGAUAUUGUUCUGAAUAAUUUGCUCAUUUAAACUUGUUAUAGUUAGGGGAUUACGAUGGCUGCUUCAGAGGAGACCAGUGCAUUGUUCCCUAUUUUCAUUUUGACAAUAAUGGCACUGCCUUUAGUACCGUAUACAAUAAUGAAGUUAUGUCGUGCUGCCUCAAAGAAAGCAAAGAGCAUUCACUGCCAGUGUCUUGAAUGCUCUCGUUCAGGGAAGUAUCGGAAAUCCAUAUUUAAACGGAUCUCGCACUUCUCAACAUACAGCAACUUGACACUAGUACUACUUUGGAUCAUGAUGAUAUUCUUGAUAUACUACAUAAAAAACAUGAGUGGUGAGAUUCAAGUUUUUGACCCAUAUAGCAUACUUGGAUUGGAACCUGGAGCUUCCGAAUCUGAAGUAAAGAAGGCAUAUAGGCGAAAAACCGUUCAGUACCAUCCCGAUAAAAAUCCCGAUCCAGAGGCUCACAUUUAUUUCGUGGAUAAAAUUUCCAAGGCUUACCAGGCUUUGAUAGAUCCAGUAUCCCGUGAGAAUUAUGAAAAAUAUGGCCAUCCGGAUGGCAGACAGGGGUUUCAAAUGGGCAUAGCUCUUCCCCAGUUUCUGCUCAACAUUGACGGGGCAUCUGGUGGAAUCCUUUUACUUUGGAUUGUUGGUGUUUGUAUUCUCUUGCCAUUGGUGAUAGCUGUGAUAUAUCUUUCAAGGUCAUCUAAGUAUACUGGAAACUACGUCAUGCAUCAAACGCUGUCCGCAUACUACUACUUCAUGAAACCUUCUCUGGCCCCAAGCAAAGUUAUGGAAGUCUUCAUUAAGGCUGCUGAGUACAUGGAAAUUCCAGUUCGUAGGACUGACAAUGAACCUCUUCAGAAGUUAUUCAUGUCAGUCAGGAGCGAGUUGAAUUUGGACCUGAAGAAUAUUAAGCAAGAGCAGGCUAAGUUCUGGAAACAACAUCCAGCCUUAGUUAAGACAGAGUUGUUGAUCCAGGCUCAAUUAACUCGUGAAACAGCAGCAUUGUCGCCAGCUUUGCUAGUUGAUUUUAGACAUGUACUAGAACUUGCACCUCGCCUUCUUGAAGAGUUGAUGAAGAUGGCAGUCAUACCACGCACUUCUCAGGGGCAUGGGUGGCUGAGGCCUGCAGUUGGGGUCGUCGAGCUUUCUCAAAGUGUCAUCCAGGCUGUACCUCUCAGUGCGAGGAAGGCAAGUGGAGGAUCUUCUGAAGGGAUUGCACCCUUUUUGCAGCUGCCACACUUUAGUGAGGCUGUUAUCAGGAAGAUAGCUCGUAAGAAAGUGAGAUCGUUCCAGGAGCUUGUUGACAUGACCCUACAAAAUCGUGCUGAGCUGCUUACUCAAGUCGCUGGAUUUUCAUCUGCUGAAGUACAAGACGUUGAGAUGGUAUUGGAAAUGAUGCCUUCUAUAACCAUUGAAGUUAAAUGUGAGACUGAGGGUGAGGAGGGUAUACAAGAAGGUGAUGUUGUCACUGUCCAAGCUUGGGCGACACUCAAACGUGCUAAUGGCCUGAUUGGUGCUCUCCCCCAUGCUCCGUACUAUCCAUUUCACAAGGAAGAAAAUUUCUGGUUUCUGCUUGCAGACCCUGUCUCAAAUAAUGUGUGGUUUUCUCAGAAGGUAAGUUUCAUGGAUGAAGCCGCGGCUGUAAGUGCUGCUUCGAAAGCAAUAGAGGAGACAAUGGAGGGUUCAGGGGCAACCGCGAAGGAGACAAGUAAUGCAGUUAGAGAAGCAGUUAAAAAGGUUCGGGGUGGCUCCAGACUAGUGAUGGGCAAGUUCCAGGCCCUUACGGAGGGGAACCAUAAUUUAUUUUGCUAUUUCUUAUGCGACUCUUGGAUAGGUUGUGACAAGAAAACUAACUUGAAGCUCAAAAUUAUGAAACGAACUCGGGCAGGCACUCGUGGUGGUCCAGUAACAGAAGAGGUUGUGGAGGAUGGGGUUGAGGAGGAGGAGGAGAACGAAGAGGAGGAGUAUGAGGAUUAUGAGAGUGAGUAUAGUGAAGAUGAAGAAGAUGAAAAGGAAACAAAAAAGAAGGGUGCUGCUGCAAAUGGAUCUGUGCAUCAAGGAGAAUCUAGCUCAGAAGGUUCAGGUACAGACGAGGAGUAAACUCGUAAAUUUCAUAUCAAUGAAAAGAUAUAAUCUCUUUUCUUCAUUGUUGCAACAAUUAUUGACACCAAAAUCAAGUCAUCAAAGCAUCCCCAUUUAUUUUGCCAAAGUUUAAUAGUUUGAUAGUGUAGGGUUUUGCACCAUUUUUAUUUUUUAGUCCACUCUUUAGUAACAAAUUUUCUGUUAGAUGUUUUGUUCUCCAAAUCAAGUUUUGUGAAUUGAAGCAUAUGAAGAAUGAACUCAGACUGCAGCAUUAAUGAAUAUUUGAAGCAACCCAUUAUAUGGUU